AUGGAGUCAACAACUAAGACCGUGUCGCCUAUCGACAAACAGCUUGCUCGCUUCAAAGAGAUUGAAGUUGGAGGUUCUCAAUACCUUGACCGACUUACCGCUGGUGAUCGUGAGGCUAUCCCUCUUUUGGUUCAGGUGGGUAAAUUGCUUGACCAGAUUUAUAUCCGUCAACGCUGGUCCGGUAAUGAGGCAUUGCAUUCCUACAUCCACAGCCAAAAUCCACGCGACCCCAAGUUGGAUCUUGGUCUACAACUGUUCAAAGGCCCCUGGGGUCUGAAUGAGGAGAGGUUUAUAGACUCAAUCAAAGAGCGAGGCGAUGAUGGCAACAUCCAUGAAAAGAUUCAUAUCCCUCAUCAUCCUCCACCACAUGGAAAUUUCUACCCUGAUGGUAUCAAAAGGGAAGAAUAUCUAGAUUGGGUUGCUGGACUAGAGGGUCAAGACAAGUUGAACGCUGAGAGUUAUUAUCAUGUGGUCAAAAGGGAUGCUACGACCGGUAAGCUGUACUCGGUAUCCUACUCAAAUGAAUACAAGGAAUUUUUGGUCCCUGCUUCCAAGCUACUAAAGCAAGCCGCCGACCUUGUCAGUGAUGAGUCGCUUGCAAAGUUUUUGAAAUCCAGGGCUGAGGCAUUUAUCACCAACGAGUAUACUGAGUCCGAUGUCGACUGGUUGAGGAUUAGCAAGGAGUCAGCUCUCGAUGUUACCUGUGGACCGUAUGAGAACUACACUGAUAAAAUGCUCAACGUCCGCACAGCCUAUGAGUUUUUCUUGAACGCCCGAGAUUUCGAUUCUUCUGCUAUCUUGGCCAAGUUUUCUAGUCGCUUACAAGAUAUGGAGGAUCAGAUGCCUGUUGAUGAGCUCUACAAGGCCAAAGGCCUUUACCCUCCUGCCAUCAUCACUGUUAAUCAGCUCUAUUCAGGAGGAGACGUUGCUGUGCCCAUGACUGCUGCCUACAACCUGCCUAAUGAUGAAGCCCCCAUCAAGAUCGCAGGUUCCAAGCUUGUAAUCAUUAAGAACGUUCAGGAAGGCAAAUUUGAAAAAGUUCUCCGCCCAAUUGCUCAACAGGUUUUGGAUUCUGAUCAGCUUGGGAAGGUGGAAUUCGAGGCUUUCUUCCAGCACGUACUUAUGCAUGAAGUGGCCCAUUCAUUGGGACCUCACUUCUUGGUUCGCGAUAAGGCCAAAAAGGUCCGCACCGCUUUGGAGGAAUACCAUGCUGCAAUGGAAGAAGCUAAGGCCGACAUUGCGGGGCUGUAUGCAGUCGGUUUGCUGCUCAAGGAUGGUACAUUGUCCGGUAAUCCCGAUGCUGAAUCGUUUUACAUUACAUACCUUGCCUCAGCUUUCCGCUCCAUCCGUUUUGGCAUUACGCAAGCUCAUGGUUUGGGUCAGGCUAUGCAGUUUGAAUAUAUUAAAGAGCAGGGUGGGUUUUCCUACAAUACCGAGACGCGUAAGUUCCGAGUUGUCAUGGACAAGAUUGAGGGAGCUGUACGCUCUUUGACAACGCGCAUCCUUGUUCUCCAAGGUGAUGGUGACAAGCAGAAAGUCAAGGAGUUUGUAGAUAAAUACGGAGUUAUCUCACCUGAGGUUAAGGAAGCCUUAUCAACCCUCGAAGAUCUCGGUGUUCCUGUGGAUGUCUAUCCCAAGUACCGAAUCCUUGAGGAUGGUACCAUUUAA